GAGUUAAGUUUGCCUGUGGUGCUGGCUACUAUACAGGGCAUCAAACAAUGGCCGGGCAGGUGCCAGUCAUGUUGUCCGGUCAAACAUGAUUUUGCCCGGACACCACCAGUUUUUGGCCGGUCAAAUGCAACAGUCAUAACUUUUUGCAAUAGUGAACCCAGACUGCACAGUAAACCUUUUUUUUAACAAAAAACCAACUGAAUCCUAGUCAGUUUGGAAACGAAAUUACAAAUUAAAAGUUUUACCAUUCUUCAUCACAGAAGCAGCCUCGCAGACAUGGAAUGGUUAUGCAAGCCAUUCGUUAACAUCACAUGAGGCAAAAUAAAAUAUUGUUAAAAUAUUACAUUUUGGCAAUCCCCACAUCGUGCAUUUUGUACAAGUAAAACAUGCAAAAUAUAAUGAAAGCCAAAGGUUUCAAUCGAUCUCUUAUUAAUGUGAAGGAGGAAGCUAAGAAACAGUUAACUUACAGGUUAAAAAUUCAUAUAAAAUUAUUGUCUUAAGUUUGGAAAAUUUGGCAGCACUGUACGUAUCAAAUGCAUGGCAGUUGGCAUCUUAAUAAUAUUGUUGUGCUCGCUGUCUUUCUUAUUUACAUGUAGAAUACUGGGAAGACCAACAUUGGGCAAUUCCAGAAAAUAUCCAUACCCAACCACGGACAGCUUCCAUGUUUUAACCCCCCGUUGCCUUCGGAAAUUCCAAAAUGCGCUACCCCCCCAUGCCCUCAGAAUUCCAUAGUCGUGAACCCCCCCUCCCCUUCAGAAUUUCCGGUUUUUUUUGGAAGUACAUUUUCGACUUGGCAACGCCUAUAAGAACAAACGAACAUGAAUUUAUGCCUCCUCAAGGCUGUGAUCUAGCGGCGCCAGGUGACAAGCUUUACUCUUCAGUGACAAGAAAAACCUACGCCAGUUGCCAGGCCGUGCAAACUCCUUUUUAAGUCCGAAUUUGGCUAUAAAAAUAAACACCACUUAAGGUAAUUUUACUCCUCUUUGUUUUCUUGUGCUGUUUUGACGUUUACAAAGGAAAAUAGCUCAAACAGACUGUUAAAAUCUUUUGGCGGUCAAAUAUACCGUCGAGUCGUGUUGCGUCCUUUUAUACGUCAUGUAGUGCGCAUUUAAAAAGCGUUCUAAUCUGACAGGCGUUCCUUGGAAGUGAGGGACUGGUGCGAGUUUUUACUGUUUAUCGGACGGUUUCGGACGGGAGUAACAAGAAAUUUGCAAGGGGUAUUAAAAGAUACAUUUUCAGUUUUUAUUCACGUGACAAGAAAUUCAUCAAGGUAAAUGUGAAACCAACGUUUUACUGUUCAUUUCUAUAAGUUAUGAGCGUAAACACGUGUCUGAUCUAUCGAUGCUUGUCUUCUGCUUCCGCGGUCAUACGUUCGUGGUUUAUUUACGAACUACAAAAGUCCACAACAAUAGCGUUUUCCAGGAACUUACUCUACACUUUCUACUCCAGAAAUCCCACCUGUGGAAUUCCCCCAUACCUUCGGAUUUCAAAUCGUAAAUACCCCCCAUGCCUUCAGAAUUCCAUAAUCGUGAAUCCCCCCUCCCCUUCGGAAAUCCUUAAAGCCGUCCGUGGUAUGGUAUGGAUAUUUUCUGGAAUCGCCCAUUAUUCUACUGAUAUUCUGUAAAAUUUCCAUACGGGUUCAGUGUCAUUCCCAGAUAUUUAUAAGAUUUAACAUUGUUUAGUUUAUUUACUCCAUACUUAAACGAGUAGUUAUUUAAGGACUUGCCAUGUGAGCGAGAAGUGAUUGUUCCUUCAUACAGACUUGACUCUUAACCUCAUCCAGUUGUUGUAAGAUAAGUUUUAUUGACUCCUCUGUCGAUGAAGUUUUAGUCCUGAGUGCCUUAAAUUCGGACGAUAGGUUUGAAUUUAGAUUUGCAAUUUGUUUGGCCAAUUUUUGUACCUCGUUACCGAUUUCUAACUUCACUGCUUGGAUGCUUUCUUCGCAAGAGAGUUUCACUUCUUUCACACCGUUAUUAUGGCCCAUGAGGUGCAGGGGGGGAUCUAGGGGGAGGGUGCAGGGGGUACACACCCCCCCUGAGAUGACCUGUGGUUUUCUAAUACAACUGGUAUUCUUCAAAAGAAAAAAACUAUUUGGUUUAUUGGUGUUGAAGUAGAGCAAGAGACGAGUGCACCCCCUCCUAAAAAAAAUCCUGGAUCUGCCCCUGAGGUGGGCACCUUUUUUGGGGAGGACACUGAGGUGUUACAAAUAAAAAUGAUUGUUUUUUCUUUUCUUAAUCUUGGAGAUGGUCACAAUAUUGUAAAGCCCACCAAUCAUAUGCCCUCUUACAGUACAUGUAUGUCUUGGCUGGGCAUGGGGGAUACUUACAUUGACUUGUGUAUGACUUGCAGUACCAUCAGCCAGGUAGCGCAACAGCGCCAGUUCUAAAGCAAUAAUAAUUUAUUAUUAUAUGUAACUGGAAGAACUGACGUUCUUUGUCUUCUAUUCAUUGCCCUUGAUUUCAUUAAGGUUACUGCUACCAGUCAGUUCAAAUUUCAAGAUGUGUGGGUUUCAGAUGUCAAGGAUUCAUGUACCAAGCUUUGGUAAGGCUUUUUUAUAUUAUUCAUUUGUUGUAAUCAGAAUUUCAGUACGACAUGUUUAUGAAAAAAUCCCCCUUGGGGUGGGGGAGGAGACACUACAGAGAAGUACUGCCAAGGCCUUAAACCUUUUUCUAUUAAUUAAUACAAAAACAGUUCAUUCCUGUCUGCCCAACCCCGUGGGGAUAUACCUGUACAUGUACACUAAGUAUCAUCCAGACAGUUGAGCUCCUUCUGCCAUUAUAUUCCACGGAUAAUACUGUAUUUAUCCCAGGGGUAUACUGACUGAAGGAAUACUCAUGAUAAAUAGCAUUAAUGCAAAAGAUGUUAGCAAAGUGUGAGUCUAGGGGCACCUUCUUAUUCAACCCCAAAUUCUGGAAAUUUUGGUUAGAAAGCAAAUGGAACAGACCAUCUUGGUUCAGUUUGGCCAGAAUAUUUAACAACACCUUUGAAGGUAGUCCACUGGUAUGACUGAAAUGACCCUUUCAAUUUGACGUAAUUGUUGUCCCUGCUCCUACUCAGCUGUAUCCUGCUUACAAGUAUCUACCCAAACACACAGUGGCUUGGGUUUGAGGUCUGUACAACUGGAAUGUACUGUUCCAUUAGGUGUGUGGAAUUUCCAAAAUUUCAAACAAGAAUUUUUGUUGAAUGGAAUGCAGCAGAAAGCUAGAUGUGGUUGGGGUUCAACUGUUGUGUGUUGGGUUGACAAGAAGUUUUAAUAAAAAUAAUUUGAAAAAUAUACCAUAGCAUUAUAAUUUGGUUAAAUGUAAUUUAACUAAGUUAACCACCACAAGCUUAGCAGUCAAGCGGUUCACAAGCGUAGCGGUCAAGCGGUUCACAAAUAUAGCGGUCAAGCGGUUCACAAGCUUAGCAGUUAAGCGGUCCACAAGUUAAGCGGUCUAGCGAUCCACAAGCUUAGCGGUCAAGCGGCCCACGAGCGUAGCGGGCAUCCAGCGGUCAAUCCCAUAAGUGCAGGCUCACAUGGUUUGUGGUAGCAUUGUACACGGCUAAGAUCUGCGAGUUCUUCAUCGCGCGUUUGUGCAGUGGUCUGUGGAGCGGUUCAUUUAGCGUCUUCCCCCCCUCCCAUCCCUAUUUUUUCUUCCUUCCACUGUUUGAUCAGUGUGACGGGUGCCUGGAACGGGGGCUCAUGGCUGGGUUGCGGGGAUUUGCCAGCCAUGGGGGCAGUUUUCUAUCUAGGGGCUGGCUGGCCACAGUGGAAGCCCCUGGGUAUCCCAGGCACCCACCUUCCACUUAAGCGAGGCAGUUGGUUAACUGUGUCUUUGUAGUACACAAGGUUGCACCCAAAGUACAACGUAUCCAGGGCUGUCAUUAAGAGGCGUGGGCUGGGGAUUUCCCCUGGCUACCCUAAACAUUACUUCCAGUUAUUUUCAUAGGAAAAAUAGAACCAAAAGAAAUCUCUAGCUGUUUGUUUCCCUGCCUCUUGUUGUUCGUAUCCAGCAACUUGAAAUCUUGGUGACAGCCCUGUUUAUCACUACAUUUUUUAUCUUUAUUAUGUAAACAACAAUGAAAUACCAGGUGAGCUUUUCAUGACUAACUUGUUAUUUUCACAUACACAUGAAAAGAUUUGCAUUGUUAUCAUUACAUAAGAAAUCGCACCUUGUGUAGUGGUGCCUCUGACAGCAGUGCCUUUGUCAAAGUAAUUUUGAUGUAACUUCAAAAUUGCCGACAAUUUACCUAACUUGAAUCUAAAUAUUAUUGAAUGUUGACAUGCUCACUACUCAACCAGAAAACAAAAAUACAAAGAAAAAGAUGAUGUAUGAACAGAACAUUGUUUUAAAAUUUCUUCGUGAGGUUCGGAAAUUAAAGAAGGGAAAAAAUGUAGACAAUAUUCCACCAAAGGAGAUGAACCUUAGUGAAUUCAUUAUUGCUGCUAGGACGAAGAAAGGGGAACAAUAUGAGCCAUCUUCUCUCAGAGGAAUCUUAUCAAGCGUUUACUGUUACAUGUAUCUUGCAAGGCGUGAAUAUGGGAAAAGGCUAUUCAUUGAUCCUGAAUUUAUGAGAUUGAGAGACACAUUGAAAACAAAGCAAAAAGAACUAAAAAAAAAAGGCUCUCACUUGUGAAAUAUUUUUUUAGCACUCAAAAAGAAAUUUUGUAUACAUAAUAUACUCUAUAUACAUGUAUCUUAUACCUCGAUCAUGGCCUGUAUUUUUUUGGGGGUUUUAAUUUUUGUAAUUUCUUUCCACUGUACAUAAACAGUUGCAACCUUAGAGCACGUCCUGCAAAAUGACUUCCACAACUUAGAAAGACAACUUACAUGGAAAUUUAAUUUUGUAGUAGCUAAAAAUUCAGGUUAAUCCUGUAUUCAACCUUCUUUGAUAUUGGAUAUUAUCACGAUAAUAUCACGUUAGAAUCUACUAGAGUCUAUUUAGAUCGUUUUUUCCUCUUUCCUGAAUGCAAUGAUUUUGGAUUAUCGCGAUAAAACCUUCCAAAUUGCAUAUUGACAAAUCACCAACAUUGAUCAACAUUAGCUGAACAUUUAACAAGGCACAUCUUUUCUACAUAUAUCUGAUAGUUGAAUGAUUAGAAUGACUAAAUCCAAUUAGACAUCUAUGACAGUAUAAGGGCAAAAUAUCACAUAAUAUAAAUUAUCAUUGGAUAGAGUUAGUACGUUAUAUCAUUAUAGUCAAUUAGACAAAUAUCUGAUAAAAAAUUUGAUGCUUUUAGUUUGAUAAAAAGUUUGAUAAUGUUCGAUGUUAGACCUAUUCUAGAUCGAUUAUUAAAAUCUGAUAACUAUCUGAUAAAAUAAUGAUAUCUUUUUAUUAUCGCAGCUUUAUGGAAUUUCCCUUGUUUUUUCACCCUCAUUUUUCGUAGGAGACAAAAAAGAAAUUUCGGUUUAACCUGAGAACAGAUUUUACCUACAAUGCUUUCACAUGUUGAUUUGCCUAUAUUUGUGACUCAAGUUAUAAGGGAAUGGUUGAAUGCAGUUGUUAAUAAAUAAAUUCCCACUUGGGGAACCAGUUUGACCAAUCCCAAAAAAUAAUUUGUGCCUGCAAAAUACAAAAAAUCACCUAUCUGUAAAAUUAAACUCUCACAAAAAUAAAAUGUGAAAUGGUACUGACAACAACAUUGCACCAUUAUUAAGUAUACUUUCUUUCUUUGUUCCUAUUGUAGUGUUCAUGUCUGCAGUGUUAAAGGAUUUUUAGGAUUCCUGUGAUGUCCAGGCUGGUGGAGGUAAGAAAAAUUGAUCAUCUGUUAGUUAUAGUGUUGGUCUAGUGAAGGUUGAUUGUAAAUUCUCGGUAUUUACAUCUUCAUUCUCUAGUUGUAAGGGUUUGAGGUUUGAGAAGUUUGAGCUGUGGCUCUAAAUUUUGGUGGAGGGAUGUUAGUUAUGUCAGACCCGAAUGAGGGCCCUGUGUGUUGUCAAUUGAUGGAUUUCCUUACACAGUAAACUAUUUUUUUUUUCCUCUCCCCUCUCCCUGUUUAAUUUUAUAUUUAAAGGGAGCAUACUGCUGGGAGCAAUAAUUAUUUGGUGGCCAAGCAUUUCAUUGAGUAGGGGACCCGGUGGAGGCAUGUUGGGGUAGUAAUAGUUCUUGAUGAUGCUUUUUGCUGCUCAAACCAAGAUAGAGUUUAACUAAGCUUUUGUUAUGUGGGCCUCAUUGGCUUGUUUUGACCCUUCAAGCCCCAAGAGUGAACAACGUCAAUUUUCUCCUAACUACAUCUGUUCAAUACAUCAACAAGAGAGAAGGUUAUGAGAAUUAACAAAAUGAUCACUCAAAGGAAAAAUGCUUAAUUAUAUCUUUUGUAAUCAAAUUCUCUCUACUACUUCUUUAAGGAGGCGUGUGGAGGUCGGUCUGGAUUUGCAUUUUGUUGUUUAAGGGUUAUUAAAAUUAUCUGCAAUAUUGAGUUGGUGCAUUAAGCUUUGUAAUCCCUCCCAAUCUCAAACAAAAGAGAGUUUUAGCAACAAUGGCAGCAAAAAAUGUCACUACUAAAAUAAAUUUACCUUUUUAAACUUUGUUGAAAGUUUUCCAAGGCACUUACAAUGUUAGAGGUGUAUUAACUUCCUUGGAGUGAAAUUCUUCUUCAACUAAACUUGGCAUUAGGAAUUUUUCACUUCAAAGUUGUGCAGUAAUAGUAAAGAAUGUACCAUAAAGUGUGCUGCAUGUGCAGAGUUUGUUUUUUUAUGGUCAUUAAAUCUAUUACUUUGCGACAAUCCUGUGGCUGUUGCUGUCAUCGUUGCCAAAGGUAGUUACAGUGUGUCCGGAAGUAUAAAGCCAAUCAGGCGUGAGAAAACUUAACCACAAGCAAGAUCGUAAAUUAGUUUGUGGUUUUGUGGCCAGUUCACGUGUCUUUAGUCUACUUGAUGUUUGCUGUGAUUGGUCAUAACACAAUAAUCAUUCCUGAGAUAUUUCAAGUGUUCACGGUUUUCACGGUUGCAUUGUAACAUUGUCCUCACCUCUAUGUUGAGACAGUCUUAGUAACGUGCAUCAUCUUUAACGUUUUACCCUGCAAGUUACCUCUGUCACCCCUCCCUCCAAGUCAUAGUGAUAUUCCCAUGAGAUUUUAAACAUAUUGUCCUCAAGUUUAAGUAGAAAGUAAAGUUGAUUUGUAACAGUUUUGAACUGUUUACGUUUUCAAUAAGAUGUUACUCUACAUGCAUAAUUUUAUGUAAACUGCUAAUUUUUGUUAGAGUGUGGCAACCACAGAUACAUCUUAAGUCAUUUAGCCCUUGGGAUGAUUCCUGGCCUAAGUAAUUAAGUAUAUAGUAUGUACCCGAAGUUCAAACAUGAUAUGUCUUGAGCCAUUGUUACACAAUGUGUUGGUUGUGCAGCAGUCAGAAUGUAAUGAUUUCUAUUGCAAAAGCGCUUAACUUGUUAGUAUAAAUAAUCUAUAGUUUUCUUGUCAGCCUUUUCAAAUGGUAUGGACUCUGAAAAGCAAUGCAAGACAUUGCUUGAGUUUAAGUUAUUAUGAGUCAGUUUAGGUUCGUAUGAAUUUACAUUGCAUUCAAAAGGCUUUUUAUCAAAUCCUUUGGAUAAUUUAUGCUACUCUUCUUUUAGGAUUUGUCAUCCUUUCCCAGCACAGCCUCUACAUCACAGGAAGACCAUGAAAGCAAUUCCGGAUCCACUUCCUCCAGGAAAUUGAGAGUUACUCUGUUAAGCAGUGAAUGGAGAUCAACAAAAGGAGGCUUGUCAACCAUCAACCGAGAGCUGGCCAUUCAGUUGGCAAAACAUCCCAGCAUGGAGGUCAGCGUUUAUCUCCUUCAGUGUAGUGAAGAGGAUAAACGAGUCGCUGCAAGUCACAAUGUCCAUCUCGUGGAAGCAGAAAAAAUGUUAGGUUAUGACCCAGUUGACUUGUUGUCCUUUCUACCAAAAGACCAUGCUGUGGACUGUGUGAUAGGACAUGGCGCUGUUCUUGGUCGGCAAGUGCAGGGUAUAAAACGACAUCAUCAUUGUAAGUGGAUUCAGGUUGUUCAUACCUCUCCAGAAGAACUUGGAAUGUACAAAGGAUAUGAAGAGCACAUUUCCAGAGGCGAGGACAAACACCAGGUUGAGGUUGAACUCUGUAAAUUGGCUGAUCAAGUUGUAGCUGUUGGACCCAAGCUGGCUGAUGCCUUUUCCGGUUAUCUCCGUCCUUGUGGAAAAGAUCAGGAUGUUCUCAAUCUAACCCCAGGCAUUUUCUCUGAGUUUGCUGAUGUUAGUCAAGCUACUGAAGAAAGAAACUCAUUCAAUGUUUUGGUCUUUGGACGUGGUGACAAUGAAGAUUUUCAGCUGAAGGGAUAUGACAUUGCUGCCCAAGCCAUUGCUGAGUUGAAAGACACGACCUACAAACUUGUGUUUGUUGGAGCAACACAGGGAGAAGAAGGGAAAGUAGCAAAAAAGUUAGUGGAGCAAGGCAUUGAUCCUAGUCAACUUAAAGUGCGUCGCUUUAAUGAAAGUAGAAAGAAACUAGCUGAUUUAUUUUGCGAAGUAGAUCUUGCUGUAAUGCCAUCACGAACUGAGGGCUUUGGUCUAACUGCCCUUGAGGCUUUAUCUGCUGGUCUGCCUGUGCUGGUUAGUGGGAACUCUGGUUUUGCGGAAGCUUUAAAGAAAGUUCCUCAUGGUUCAAGCUGUGUAGUAACGUCGGACGAUCGAAGAGACUGGGCCAGUGCAAUAAGAGCCAUCCGUCACAAGGACAGGGAGAUGAGACUUGGAGAGUUUAAUGUUGUGCGUGGGGCAUAUGCAAAAAAGUACAGCUGGAAGGAACAGUGUGAUAAACUUGUUGAAAGGAUCAAAGCGAUCUCUUCAGAAGGUCAGUUAAAAUAAGUGCUAUUGUAUUGCGUCCUCUGUUGCAUAUAUAUUAAACUUAAAAUGAAAUGUAUGCUAGCCCGCAAAGAAAGCCAGCUCUCCCAUCGCUCUCUGCUACUGGCGAUGUUCGCAGAAGAGAAUGAUUAAUAAUAAUAAGACGCUGUGGGAGCGUAUAUUUAGGCGUCGAUGUACUAGGCGUGUGUGAAGUCUGAAGUUUUGUAUGUGUAUUAGGGAUGUGUGAGUAGUGCAGUAGCGCUGUAUAAUUUAGGGGUUGGUUGAGAUGCGUGAAGUGGAAAGCGUGGAGUUAUAUUAGACGUGAAUUGGUAAGAUAAUGGAUGUAGUUUGUUAAUCAGUGAAACUUGUUUCUCGUAGAAUUUAAUGUGGUUAUGAAGGGAUAGUGUAGUUACAGUGUGUUGAAAUAAAGUGGUGGUUGUGAGAAGUCUUAUCAAUAGUCUUAUCAAAAGUCUUAUCAAUGGUGGAAAACAUACGUGGAGAGAACAAGGAUAAGGCCAAAAGUUCAUGUAAUAUAGAGAGGGGAGUAUGAAGAUGUUGAGGGGGAGGGGAGAUGAAAUUUUGCUUGUGUGCUCGGGGGCUUUGAAAAAUCGGUGAGGUCAAGGGGAAAGGCGUAAAACCUGGCUAUAGAUUACAUGAGCCGGGCUGGCUCACUUUGCAGAGAUAAUAAUAAUAAGAGGGAUAAUAGAUAACAAUAAUAAUAAUAAUAGUUUAGAAUUUCUAUUGCGCAGAUUCCUUGACGAGAUGAUCAACUGCGCAUUACAACAAUACGUAGAAUAAAAAUAACUAAAUGAUAAAUAAGAAUUACCUCAUGUGUUGUGUAUAAUUUUAAAAAACCUGACUAAGAAUAAAAAGCCUUACUAAAAGGUAGGUCUUUAAAAGUUUUGCUAAAAAAUAAAUAAAAAUUACAUAGUUGUGUAUAGGUAAUAAGUAAACCUAACUAAGAAUGAAAAACCUUACUAAAAAGAUGCGUCUUUACAAUUUUUUUAAAUGAAUGAUGUCUCAAAGGCGGCUUUAUUCGCCGACUAAAUGUACAUGUAUACGUAAUAGUUAUGAUUUAUUGCAUUUACAAAGUAAAAAGGUGCUGUGCACGCAUUAAACUUGAAAGCGUUUAAAUACAUGCUCAUUUAGAAGCAGAACUUAUCACAAAUAACUGCACCUACGUCUUGGCAGAAAUAGCUGUAUUAUUUAGAACGAUAACUAAACAAGAAUUAACUCAGUCGGUAGAGCACUUGACUGUAGAGCGGGAGGUCGUGGGUAUCACGGGGCCGGACCAAUACUCAGGGUCUUAAAAUAACUGAGAAAUGAAGGUACUCCCUUUGCACUGCAAGCGGCUGGACCUUCGCGUGGCUUGAAUGACCACGUAAAAUAGCGUCCCGUGUUAAUUAGGAGACGUAAAAAUAGUGUCCCAAUUAGUACUUUCGUGAUAAAUACAUUGACACUCAAGUAAAGUGCUUUUUUUUGUUCAAGGUGGAGUUGUCUGAAUCAUGUUCAACGGUAAUCUUGGGUUAACUAUAAACAGAACAUAUAACUAACUCUGGUCUGGACUAAUGGUUCCACAUGUAUCAUUCUUUAACAUUGUUUAUACAUGUAGUUAACUAUAUUUAGAUAGUGGGUUGGCCUAAUUGAAAAUGGCUGAGAACUUGGUUUUGUUAAACACUGGCAAAUCUCCAUUCAAAUAAACGGGUCAAGAGUUGUUUCUAUUUUGUUGUAGGUCCUCAUGCAGAUGAGCAGAAUUUAUCUAAGACAGUCCCAGUGAUCUGUCAAGGUGAAAAACCCUCUCCGGCUGCACAACGCCAUCAUAAAGGUACACUUUAAUUUAGUUGAGCCGUAGAAUAAUGAACAGCUGUGUAUAUAGUUACUUUUACAAAAACUUUAUGUUGGGGAUUGGUUUAAUUGCAGGUGCAGCGAAGAGACCCAGGUCUUCAAAAAAGGGAAAAGGGCCGCUAUCUUUAAGUGCUGUCACAGCUCCAAAACAACCGAGACUGUUGAGAUACGAAGGUAAAGUUUCUUUCUGGUUUAUUUAUGGUAUUACACCACAUAAGCUGCAUAGAUGACUAAAUAAGAUUGUGGUGGUGCUUUUUGUUGGAGGAACCUCUUUCGCGCUUAAUCCCUCUCUCUGGCUACGUAGCACCUUAACUAAACUCAUUCCCAUUCUUCUAGCAGCUGUAUUGCCUGAACAAAAGCGCUUCUAAACUAAAGCGCUUGUGUGCUCUUAUUGGGCCUGCUGUGCAGCACGGCAGUGUCUUCAUUGUCCCGCUUUUCAAGUCGGUUGGACUCUCAAGAAGCUAGAGUUGCUCUCGGCUACGCUUACUACAGCAAAUCUUGCGACUCUCUGUGAUACGAUAUGCUUAAGCUGAAGAUACAACUAGAACGAGGCCACAUUUUAUUAGUGGAGUAGUAAAGCAGAUAGUAUUUUUUUGUCGUCAUUCAUGAUCAAAAAGAUCAUUUGGAAAAUAACUUUUUGAGCGCUAGCCUUUUGCCAGUCAGAGUUCGUCACAAUGAAUUUAUACCAGUUUUAGUGUCUAUCUGUCUGUUUGUUUGUUUGUUUUGUUUUUUCACAUACAUUACACAUUCGGUUACACUUCAAAACACCACUUGAUUGACACUUUAAUUUUAUGCUUGUGACUGAACGUCUACAUUGCGAGAACAACAGUAUAGCGAAAUUCUAACAAACGGACAUUUUUUCUUACAUUCUCAAUGUUCAUUUGUAUCAGGGCAAGCUCCCGUAGGCCGCCAUUUAACCCUUUACUCUUGUAGUGGUCGCUUAUGUGAACCAUUCUCGUAAGCGCCCCGAGGCUGUCCGCUUACGAUAGCUUCCACCGUGGUCUUUCAAAACAUUUCUUCGUUUCCGAUUGGCUCAAAUCUCCCGGCUAAUUCUUCAUAAGCAGCUAGUGCUGUUGAAAUUAAAUCUGUAAGACGUUUGCGAUGUCCGAUAAAAUGACGCUCAAAAAGCUCGGCAAAGAGACAUCAGUGUUCAAGAAAAGGAAAAACAUCGUUACCUGCUAGUGAUAUUUCGGCUGAAAAACUACCGAGACUGUUGAGAGAUGCAGUCUUGUUUGCUGUCCUUUAUUGGUAGAGUUACUGUAUCAAACUGAUUACUUCAUUUGAAAAUUAAAGCAUUAUGAGAGUGUGCACUGCGGGCAUCUCUAGAUGGUACCACAGUUAUGUAUUUUAUUGUUUAAUAUGUGUGUAAGAUUCUGCACUUGACCUUAGCUUGGCAACUUGUCCCUAUGACGAGUGUUUUCCUUGUGACGGGUGUUCUCAUAGCGACGAGUGUUGUCCUUGUCGUUUUGAAACUGCAUAGCUGUAAAAUUUUGUAGUGAAGGUUUCGCCCUGACCGUUUUAGAAUUAAGCAAGGACCUUCCUUCAUCCAGUUUCAGCAACUGCACAGUCCAUACUGUUGAAUCUCAUUAUUUACUUUUAUGUAGGGAGCAACAUCACUUUUAACUUUGUUUUACAUUUUGUGGCGAAAGCUUAACCGUUCUGACUGGCUUGAUGAUGAGCUUGCGCAUUUAUGAGGCCGUGUCCUAUAUCACUGCCAUUUUUUUAAUUGGAUGUUAAACAGCCAAUUAAAAAGAGUGGAUCUCAGUUCCACUUGUGCUUGAAGGAGAUGAAGGCCUAAAUUGUUCCAUUUUUGUGUAGCCCUUUGUCUUUGAGGAUAGUUUAGAAUAUCUGCUGUUUCCCGUGGCCAAAAGGUAAUACUAAAGGGAGGCCCUCUUCCCUGUUUUUUAUCCACAUCUAUUAUCUAAACAGACAAUGUUUUGAAAGAAGUCACUGAUGUGUUUGCUAAUAAGCAUCAAAGGAGGUUUGAGUUUGGCACACUACUGAAAUAUCAGUGAUGAUAUGUAGCAAAACUAACGAAUAAUACGUAUUUCCAACUUUCUUUGUUUUUUUUUUCUUUUUAAAUAGUGACAUUGACAUCUGCCAUUCUCAAAAAUUGCAAAAGAAAGUAGUCUCUUUGCCAAAAAACGCUAAAGAAAUCAAUUUGAAGUUAAAAAAAAAAAGAGAAAUAUCCAUGUUCGUAGUGCAUGCAGUCUCUGACUACCAAAUUUCCCCCCUAAAGACUUGCCCCUCCGGCCCCGCUUUGUCCGUCUCCUCGUUAAAUCGCACCCACCCGUAAAAAUCCUGGCUACGGGCCUGCGUGUUAUAAUGUAAUACAAAAAUCCGGCUUUAUCAACUAAGUACAUAAGGUUAAUAGUCAACCGUAAAGAGACUGGAAAGCUGACCGUCAAGCGAAAACAAGCCCCUUCAGUAAACCAGUGAAUGAUUAAUGAGUGGUUAAUUGACCAUUCACUUAUGAUAGCAACAGUAGUGCAAAAUCUUACGAAUGAACGAGUUAAUACGAAGAUGUCAGAGGCAUCUUCCCCUCCUCGCCCUCAGCCAGCAAUUCGUGUCUCCCCAGUGAAGUGAAAUCAAAGUAAAAACUGUCGAGAACUCGUAAAUGAAUUUUAAAAACAAUAUUUAUGCGAUAAAAUUAAGUAUAUAUUUUAAGUUGAAAUGAUCAGGUACCUAUCCAAGUGAAAACACCCUUCGCAUAUUCACGAGUUCAUGUUCUAAAAAUAGCCACUCCGGGGGUUCAGCUUUUGUAAUGUACCUACGUUAUUUUUCGUUACUCGUUUUUAGUACUAUACUGAAAAUGCAGACUGUUUUUUGGCCUGUUUCUCGUUUGUCGUUCGUAUGGUAAGAUACAUAGGCGCGCGAAACCGAGGUUUUCUACCUUCUUCCUCUCGCCUCUCCCUUGAUUCAGCUUUCGCGUAACCUGAGAUCAGCUAUUUUCGCCGCCCUACUUCUCCCCAGUUUCCUCCCGUUUUAUUUGCGUAAUCGCGCUUUCUCAAUUUCGCGGACCCGUCUAUCUCGCGACAUUAGGCAAUGUAGGGUUAUCGUCAUCAUCAACAACAUUGGGAGGACGAGUAGACGGGCCAGAACUAAAAAACAGCAUUUGGUGGAAUAUGCUAUAUGACUUGCAAUUAAAUACUCAUUUUCAAUUAGUAAUUUGCCGCGGAAAAGUAAGGGAAUUCAAUAUGUAGCAAACCCUAGUAUAUUUUUAGUUGCAAGUACUAUGUACUUCGCCCAGGGAAAACAUAGAACGUGUGAAGCACGCGAGUGCACGCUCAGAUCGCAUGACACAACCAUAACGUCUAUUUUUGUUGUAAAUUGUUGUUUCUUGGAAGACGACUAUAUUUGUUUGAUACAGAACCAUAAUUUUGUCAUUUACAAGUAAAUUCUUUCUCUGACUUAUUACAAAUAAGGAUGCGUAUUAAAAUUAGAAAUGAGACUUGCAAGUUGCAUUCCCUUCUUGAAACUGUAUUGUGAAUUGUGUGGAUAUUCUGUGCAAUUAUUCCACCCUUUUCGUCCUUCCCCCACACUUGCCUUACCCCUGCACCCAUUUACUUUUCUACCCUCCCCCCUCCUUACUUUACUCUUCUGCCUCCCUCCCCCCCCCCGUUUGUCCUUAUGAGAAAUUUUCUUCGAGUCAAUACUAACUUACCGUGUUAUUCGAGGGAGGCAACUAUUUCGAAUAUUGCUCACUGGAAGUCGUGCCCUAAAUACUUUGGGUUUUUUUUUAUCCCAUUAAAUAAUAAAAAAAUGAUCACAUUAAAUAAACUUGGGCUUUUGAAGUGUUCUAAAUUGGUGGAAAAUUUGUGACAUUUGAAGCCCCAUUUAAUUACCUUCCUUGUUUUCAAAGUCCUUGAAACUUGGAGGAGACGUACAUUGAUGCUUUAUCUCGGGAUUGUCAAGUUUUUUUGAAAAAUUUAUCGAGCGGUUUUUAAAUAGCCGUGAAAUUUGUAGGCGUGGACCAAAUUACAUUCACAAAUGGUAAAGAAAGCAGCCGAACGUAGGCUAAUCAAAUUCCUCUUUCUCGCAAUCGGCCUAAGCAAUCCCCCUCUCUUUUCGUGCAAAGUUUCAGAUGGAAUCAAACCACUAUGAGAUGAAACUGCUUUUCCAGACUUCAUCAUUUUCUUUAGAUAUUAGCUAAUUAUGUCGAUAGCAUGUUUAUUCACUGUUUUUAUGACCCUUAAACUUUGUUUCAAAACCUUUCCAAAACGCUCUCAUAGAAUUUCUUCAAACUUUGCCAUAACCGAGGCAACUAAGAGAGGUACAAACUCCCUUAAGCGAUUUCUGAAAAAAAAUCCCAGUACCGAGAAAUACAAAGGCAAGUAAAAAAUGUAAUGGCGUCAUUAUGUUGCCAUGGUAACCAUGUCAAUAAAACAUGGAUCAUAACGAAUUUUCACAUUUAUUUAGUGUAGCUGUGGUAACCUUUUUGCAUUAUCUUUGUUAAUGCCGACGUGGUAAACGCUCAAAGUGGGGAAGUAUACUCCCUAAAAAAUCCAGUCGAGCCAUCUUAACUGUAGGCUCUUAGCAAAUGAGAAGACAGAUAGUGUGUACAAUGUACAUGUAUAGUGAAACAAUGUAAUUCAAAUAAUUGGUCUUCGUAUUGUGUACUGUUGGCAUUAGGAAAUUGUGGUAAGGAUGUUCACUCAACUACAGUGACAACAGUGAUGAAAACCUGUCCAUAACAAAUUUUCUUUUCCCUUUUUGAACUCAGAAUGAGAUCCCUAACAUUUCAACUCCGCCACAUUUGACAGAUUAAGAGAGUUGGAAAAAGUAGCUAUAACUUUGAAUGAACGCAAACUUAAUCUCUCAGUUUCACUUUUCUCGUAACGACCUUACUGUCGUUAACUUUUGAAUGUGGUUACUUCAGUUCCCCACUGUAGUAACAGUCCAAUAGUAAUAGUAUGUCUUAGCAGAAACAGUAAGAAUCAUCGUAAAUUUUGCCAUAUUUGUAAGCCUGAUAGUCUUGCAAAAUGUUCCAUAAAAAGUUCAGAAAAUUUUCAAAUCUGAGUUAAAAAUUGGAGCCGUUCCAGGGCAUUGGUUGCUUGUUGUUGCAUCAAAAGUUCAUUUUCAGAAAACAGUGACUGCGUUUAUUUCUACGAAGUCAAACUAGGCCGACCGCUAUUUAAGACAGUUGAUUCCUUGUAAUUUUUUAUAUUUUAUUACUUGUAUAGUGCAGAAUAUGAUCUAAUGCCCUUUACAGUGAAGCUAAACUGAAUGAAAUAAUUAUACAAAACCAACUGUAUGCAUUCUUAACAUUGUUUAUAGAAAGCGAUGUUUAGAUAGAAGGACUAGCCGAAUUAAAAAUAGCUUACAACUCGUUUUCAGAGUUAAACGUUGGCUAUCUCUGUUCUUUGUACCGUCCCUGAUGCUUUGAAGCAAAGAAUAAUUGUUACUACUCUUUUUGUAGGUCCCAAUAUAGAUGAGCAGCAUUUAUCCAAAAAAGCCUCUGUGAUCUGUCAAGUUGAAGAACCCUUCUCUUCUGAGAAACGUCUUUAUAAAGGUACACUUGAAUGGUAUAAACAUGAGCAAUAUGUCCACAAAAGCAAUUCGUUGUAACAGUAGUUUAACAAGGGCUUAUUGAGUAUUCCUUGCCGAAAAGUUACAGUAACAAGGAAUGGUCGAAGACACUGAAAAAGACUAGUUUAAAAGGAGUCAAAAUUCGUUGUCAUUGUCACAGAUUACCUUCGCCAGUUGUCCAUAAACAAGAUUCGUGCCAGAUUUUAUAAGAGAGGUGUUCAAAAUAUUUCUUAACACCUUCACAGGCGAACUUUGUCCGUUGAGUUUCAAGUAACUUCUAUUCCUGCCUUGUAAAAUGGCUGUGUUCGGCAGUCUAGUCUAUGUGUUUAAUUUUUCUAAUUACUAGCCUAAAGGUGGAUUUGCCCUGUCACUUAAUUUUUACACGACAAUGGAAUGCAGUAAUUAAUAACGGAUAUACUUACGUGCCCCACGAAACCUCAAAAUCCCUAAAAUUACCACUGUCGAGAGGCCUUAGAAAUGAUUUGGUAUUGCUAGGCUGUCUUUCUUCCAAUUAUUUCCUUUGUUUGUAGCUGUUACCGGGAUUAAUGGUUAGUGUAUAUAGCGUUACGAUACUUUUUUAUUGUGGAAAAUGGUCUUUCAGUUGAUUAGUCAAAUAUCUCUCGGCACAGUUAUUUAGACAUAAGCUUAAAGGGGGUACGUCGUGCUUUUUGCUAUCUUUUCAAAACGCUAAAACGUGUCUUCGAGUCGGUUGAAUGCCCAUGCUUCCUGUCGUCUGUUACUACGGAUGGCAAGGAUGGACAUGCGGAUUGAAACUGAAAGAUAUUGGGCCAACUUGUUCAAGAUUUAAUGCUAUGACUUAAAAAAUCACCAAUAAUAAUAUUAUGGUUAGUGUUCUUUAAUGAAAUUAGUUUGAUAUGUUUUUCAUGAGACCACAGGAGCAUUUUAUGUCGGUAAUGACUCAUUAAAUUGCAGGCGAAGCAAAGACAGCAAAGAUAUCCAGGUCUUCGAGAAAAGGCAAAAGGCCUGUCCCAGCUCCAAAACAACCGAAACUGUUGAAAGAGGAAGGUAAAGUUCGUUUCUGGGUUAUUUAGAGUAAGGGUUGGUAUGGCAUUACAUGUGUAUGAGAGAGUUUAGGAUGGUCUUGUGUCAUCGGUCUCGUGUUUCUAAAAAGCGGCUUCAAAAGCUGCAUAGCUUACGAAAUAAGAGUGUGACAGUACUUCCCGCCCGCUCAACUUGGCUCAUCCCCAUUAUUCUCGCAGUCCUAUCGCCUAAACAAAUGCACUCCUGAAAUAUAGCGCUUGUGUGGGUUACUUUCCUUUGCUGCACAGGGCAGUGGCUUUAUUAUUUGGGUCCCCUUUUCUAGUGGGACAUCGUGAAGCUAUAGAUGGUUUUCAUAGUGACGUCAUCAAAUUGUAAAGUCAAAAUAGCGAGGUUUUACGCAUUCUUAUUUACACUAGGUUGAAGAUAAACAAAAGGUAAAUCUUUGUAUAAGUUCCCAUUCCCGUAGCAUGUUUCAUUUGGAAAAUACAGCAAUUUGAACUUCCGAGUUUUCACAGUGCGUGAAAAAUAGGAAUGCUGUCUCGUUGAAAAAAGUCUCCCCUUUUGAUUUUCAGCAGUAUAACCAUUUCAAGUAUUAGAAGAUAUGUCUUUGCGCUCGUAUGCUAGUUCUCGAGUGAAAAGAAAGAGCUUUUAUAGAAAAAGUGAACUCCAGAUGUUUCUGUUGAUUUCCGGCGGCUAUAUUGGUACACCAAAACGGUACACCAAUGUGGCGUCUCCAUACAAAGCUCUACAAAGGUGCAUGCGUGAAACGUUUCGGCAAAUAACUCAGAAACUGUGGGCCACAAAGACCUGAGACUUGGACAAAUUGUUUAAAAAUUAAUCUUUUAUAACAUUUCAUUUUCUUGUCUUCUUGCACUAGACGGUUUCCAAUUUUUUUUUUUUUUGCGUGACAGUGAAAACGAUCUAUAGUUUCGUGGACUCGGUUGCACUUAGAGAGAAUCUUGAGAUUCUCAUGUCUGACACACUCUCCAAACUUUCAGCGUGCUUCGUAAUACCAUAUAAGGUACAAGUAGAACGAGGCCAAAUUUAGGCCGAGACCCUGAUUAUGCUUUCAUCACGCUACUUUCAGUAUAAGAAACUAACUAUUUAGCGGUAGCCUCUUGUCAGUCAGAUCGGCCUCCUACGCAGACCUUUUUAGGGGUUCGUGACGCCCUAGGAAAGUCUGCGUGGGAGGCUAGACUGCUGAAAAUCGAACCACAUUCAGUGUACUCCUUAUCAGGCGAUAACCGGUAAAAUUUACCGCCUGAAGCAACACUUCUUUUGCGUGCAACCGCUUGAAAGUUUACAAAAUGUACGUAAAAAAAUACGCAAGUUGUGAUACGAUCCAGUUCUCACAAGGAAAUGAAAUGAAUAAAUGGAAAAGAACUUAAGUAUACACAGCUUUACUUUUUAUGGGCCAUGCAUUUUGGAAAGAGAAUAUUGAAGGCAGAGUAAAAUUAUUGAAUUCAAACGUUUUUAAUUGCUGUCUAUGGAUAAUAACGGCCGAUUUGCGUAAAAUAGGUCUUAAAAUGAGAGAAUGACUUUUCAGAGAACUUAGCUCCUAAAUUUCCAAGCGAGGGCGGGCCAUGUCCCUCACUCCACUACGGGCCUACCCACCCCUCCCCCACCCCCCAAGCAAGUGCACCUCUGGCGCAUAUUUUUUGCCUUACCGGCCAUGAAUUGUCCCUUACCUGCUGAGCUAAAAUUUAGGGAGAACACUGACAUUCCUUACCCUUUGUAUCUGAGGUGUAAUGAACAAACCAAUCAUUUGUCAGAAACUUAAGAGUGAUCUCAGUUCUGUUUUGGAAGGCAAAUAAUUUGUACAUUAUUUUUUAAAGAAAUGAACAUUAAAAGUAAAAUGUUUUUACAGAGAGUGUAAGGCACUUAGUUUUCAUAAAAAUGUAAGCGUUGAUAGCAUUUUCUUUUUCGCCAAAUGUUACCAUUGUCUCUGUGAAGCUUAUUCUGUCACGGGAGGUAUUUUAAUUUAUGUCAUCGAAAUCAUUUACUUGUAUAGACAGAAACAUACUUAUCUGUAAGUAAAAUAAAGGAGAAUAAACGGCCUUUCUGCUUACUAAGGAGAGAAAAGCAUGUCACAGUGAGAUUAAUCCGUUUGGAAUUUCAAGUCUUUACGUUUGCGUUUAUUGACAAAUAUUCCCUCACCUUUUUGUUUCCAGCAGGUUGGGACAACUCGGUUGUUGUUGAACCGCUCAAAGCUGAAUACAAAAGGCGCUGUCUGUUAAGACCACUUCUUUGGGAUAGCACUAUCGAGUUACCCCUGCAGAACGUUUACACGCGACUGAAAAUCAUUUCAAGAAGAAAGUUGGCCACCCAGAUGGAAGCCAAUAUGGCGAAUAUGUCCCACCUCAUAGCCCCGGAGGGACAAAAUCCAGACUUAGUGGGUGAAAAUGACGAGGUGAACGUGACUGAAAUCUUCAAGACCCUUGAAAAAGGUAAGGAUGUCAUGACGCUUGUCGAAGGAAGUCCAGGAAUCGGUAAAACUACGUUUUGCCUUAAACUUGCUUAUGACUCUACACAUGGAAAAAUCCCAACAGAGUGUUCCUUUCCCAAGUUUGAAGUUGUGUUGCUCCUGAAAUGUCGAGACAUUGAUGGAAAUAUAAUUGAUACCAUAAGGGAGCAACUUCUGCCCAGAGAUGUUAAGAAGAAGAUUGUAGAGAAAUUUUUGCACUUCUUGAAGGAUAUUCAUAACCAGGAGAGAAUUUUGAUCAUUUUGGAUGGUUUGGAUGAGCUGCCUGAAAAAUCACGGCACCAUGUCGAUGAGCUGCUUUACAGAAGAAUUUUCCCAUUUUGCUAUGUCUUGGCUACGUCACGACAAGAAAGAGGAAUUGAAGUGCGAAAAAAAUUUCAAUUUGACAUUCAUUUAGAGAUUAAAGGGUACACGGAAAGUGAUGCUAUUGUGUACGUAAGAAGACACUUCAAAACCAUUGGUCAGUCACCAAAGGGGGAGAGGCUCAUUGAAGAAAUGCAACAGAACACCUUCUUGUAUGCACUCCGAAAUAACCCGUUAAAUUUACUUCUCCUUUGUGUUGUUUAUGAGGACUACAAGGGAAAAUUGCCGACUUCCCGGACGGAACUUUACCAAGUCAUUGUUCAAUGUCUUUUGAGACGACACUGCGCCAAACGCAACUUGCCGGCCCCUGAAGAUGACAGUGCCCUAGAGAAAAAGUUUGAAAAGGAAAUUCUUGCACUUGGAGAGCUAGCUUGGUUGUGCCUGCUAAGUGAUCGUUAUGGUUUCCGUGAAAAUGAAUUGGUUGAGUUUGAAAGGAAAUACCCGGGAUUGGUAGCUCGUGAGCUAGGCCUUCUUUACAAGGAAGAAAGUCUAAAGAGAUUAAAGCCUCAACAUGAGUACUGCUUUCUUCACAAGACCUUCCAAGAGUACGUGGCUGCCGCGUAUAUCGCAGAGAAGUUAGUAAAUCGGCAGUUUAAUGUAUUUGAGCACAUAAGCUCUUUUGACUUGGUAACGAAAUAUCCACAAGUGUUUAUUUUUGUUUCUGGGAUGCUGGGCGAGAAAGCAACUGUCCUUUUCACCCAGAUUGGCGAGGAGUUAAAGAAAAAUGACUGGGACUGGAUCAGUCACAAGGAUUGCAAUGAGGAGGACGCUACUUUCUUUAUUGAAAGCUUUAAUGAGAGUGGACAUCCUGAACAAACGGCAGCUUCUCUAUUUAAAAUUAUACCUUUUCCAAAGGUCAUAACCGUUGAGGCAGAUACAGAUUGCAAUACUUCUUUUGCGGGCUUUUUAAGUUCUUGUAAGAGCUUUUCAAAUCUACAGACACCGGUUGAACUCCAUGCUGUUAAUUGUUCUUUUAAGGGAGGAGUGAAUGGCGUAUUGAAUUAUAUAGAAUCCUGUCCGCAGUUGACAAUCGUAAGUGUUGUUUAUGAUGAGGAAUAUUGGAUGUCAUUUUAUAGAGAUCGUCUUUGCAAAUGGUUUUCUGCGACCAAAAAUCUAUCAGAGUUUACUCUUAAAGGCAGAUAUUAUUUCAACCCUGCGGAGGGCGACCUGCUGGUUCAAAUUGGAGAUGGGUUGGCUUCAUGUCGAACUUUGACAAAAGCGACGUUUUCUUUGUCUGGAUAUGCUUAUAGCGAGGGUUUUUUCAACGCGCUUGAAACUGGAUUGGCACCGCUGACGUCUGUUGGUCUCGAGGUACUUGGCUCAAUGAAGUACACUACGACACGAGCCUUACAAAAUUUUUUGUCAAAUAAAUCCUUGAAUUCUGUUUCUCUCUGUAUUGUUGGAGGCGUGCAGGAUUUGUUAGUCGCUGCUGUCAGUGAAGCACUUGCAAGACAAACAGUUUUAAAAUCUCUUGAUCUUCAUUUUGGUGGACCGCUGAGUUCCUCUAGUGCCAGUUUCCUGGAAAAAGGGCUUAUGGAAAAUAGUUCUUUGAAUUAUAUAAGACUGUGUGUCCACAGUGAGCUCCCUGGUAACUGGCAUUCUGUAGUGGAAAAUCUUCGCUUGGCGAAAAAGUCCCCCGUUUGCUGUUAUAUUUAUCCAAACACCUUUAACAGCGUUGUAAAUAAUUAUUUCCAUCCUGUUCUGGUUAGGAGAGGGUUAAAUGUAAAGCAACACUUAACUGUUAACGUCUGGGGUGAGAUGAAAUGCGAAGCGGCAGAAGCCCUUUCUGAAGUCUUGGCACCUUCCUCCAUUACUGUUCUCACUUUAAACGUGCGUGGAAAUUUGACAAGUGAAGUUUCUAAUUCCAUAGCAAGAUGUCUGGAAGAAAACAAGACACUAUCUUCCCUGUCCAUCAAUUUAUGGGGCAAUUUGACAACAGAGAGAGGUAUUGUUCCUUCCAGCCUAUCAAAAAACAGUCGCGUUCAGUUAAAUGUACAUGACGUGCGUAUGGGUCCAGAUGAGUCAACAAACGAUGUUCUUGUUAUCACUACCGAUAAUUCUGCAGCACUGAGAGCUUUUUUCAUCAAAGUCAAGGAUAGAAGAAAAGAAAAAGUCAGUCUUACAAUCAAUAACGAUAGUUAUUUUACCAAGGCGUGGACACGUUGCCUAGGUGAUGCUUUGGCAGAAAACACAUCACUUACCACGCUUGAUCUUACAGUCAACAGCUGCUUCCUGGAUGCAGAUUUGGGAGAAGACCUCGGGAAUAGUUUAUUGCAAAGCACUUCUUUAACAUCUCUUAGUCUCACAUUCAACUUCAGUAACAUGAAAGAAGGAUGGGAAUGCAAACUGGGUGAGUGUUUGAUCAAAAUGGCAUCUUUAACUACACUCGCCCUUGAACUAAACGGCGACGGUAAAUGGAAUCAGGAGGAUUGUUCAAUUAAACUUAGUAACGUCCUAGCGGCAAUCAAAUCAUUAUCUUCCCUUUCUGUUUCAAUCCAUAGUGAUAGCAUGCAUUCAUUUUGGAACAAGGUUGUGGGUGAUUGUUUAAGAGAGUGCACGUCACUUACAAAACUCAGGCUCACAUUCAACAUGGAUGAUUACUCUGAGAGCUAUUUCUGUGGCCUUACUGACGGCUUGGCAAUAACUACCUCAUUAAAAACAUUUAGUGUGGCAGUGCUUGCUCCGUAUCAUAAUGCGGAUUUAUCAAGAAUCCUUGACUAUCUCACUGACGUUCUUUCAUUAAACUCGUCAGUGAACACACUGACAGUGACUAUGACAGUAAUUGAGACAGGCUCUGAUUUGUGCGCUGAUCGGCGGUUUUCUUCCAUCGAAUUGCCAGUGAAUACGUUGAUAACUACGUUAAAUCUCACGAUAAAUGAGUACGGUGAAGGAACAUUGAAUAUAUCAGGGGUUUUAGACGUCUCUGGAGUGUUCCAAUUUUUGGCAAAAUACACAUCAGUAACCACAUUCAACCUGACACUCAACAGUAGCAAAGAAGUGAGUGAUGACUGGUUACCAGGCCUUUGCGACGCUUUGAAGAAAAACACCUCAUUGACAUCACUGAGAUUGAAAGUAAAUAGCCAUUGUUCGAAAGGUAACGGCCGAUUAUAUGACUUUAGUAAACUUUUGAUAGAAAGCCAAACAAUAUCCUUACUUGAACUUGAGGUAAGUUUCUAUGGAAAGGACAGUGGGUGCCAAAAGCUUUCAAUUCAGUAGGAAAAUAUAGCUAAGAUUUGUGUGCUUCUCGCAGGAAGAGAUGUCAGUAUCAAGUGAAAUGUAAUCACAGUUGUAAUGUGGCUUUAAAGAGGCUAUGUCAGGUUAUUACUUAUCUUUUCAUAAAGCGAACACUUUUGUCUUUUCAAUUGAAUUCCAAAAAUAAGGGUCCUGGCCCUGGUUGUUCAAAAGUUGGAUAGCACUAUCCACCGGAUAAAUCACUAUCCAGCGGAUAGCGUAAUUGAUUUCCGUAAUACUUACCCGCUGGAUAGUGAUUUAUCCGGUGGAUAGUGCUAUCCAACGUUUGAACAGCCGGGGCCAGUUUUCUUAUUUAAGAUUAUAUUAAGACAUUAAAACUGUUUCCUGCCGUCAAUGGCAACGGAUGGCAGGGAUGGACAUGGAUUGAAAGUUGAAAAAGUUGGGCCAACUUUUUCAAGUUUUAUGCUAUGCCUGCAAAAAUCAGACCCCGCAAAAAUCUCCCCCAAAAAAUAUGGCUCUCUGAUGAAAUUUGUUUGGUAUCUUUUUCAUAACUCUACAAGUUUUGGCAAUUUUUGUAUGGGUUUUAAAAUGCACUAAGUAAUGACUUCAGUACAAAAUUGACCUAAAACAGCAAUAUCUUUUUUCUUUUCGUGAAUCUUGAAGUAGCCCUGACAAACGAUCCUUAAAAUUGAAUGAAGAUUCUAAUUUUAAAAGCCGAAUGAUCAAUCCGGAAAUUUUUCCAGUUAAACCCCUAGAAGUUGAUAGUAACGUAGGCUAUUUUUUCCUGUGGAAGCCCAGCCUGAAGUCCGUUAUGUUCACACUACUCUGUAGAGCGUUAAGGUUACCAGAUACCUUCAGGUGUGUCACACGUGCAAGUACUGUAGGCUAUUUGUUCUUGUGGAAGCUUAGCCUGAAGUCCGUUAUGUUCACACUACUCUGUAUAGCGUUAAGGUUACCAGAUACCUUCAGGUGUGUCUCACGUGCAAGUAAUGUAGGCUAUUUUUUCCUGUUGAAGCCCAGCCUGAAGUCCGUUAUGUUCACACUACUCUGUAUAGCGUUAAGGUUACCAGAUACCUUCAGGUGUGUCUCACGUGCAAGUAAUGUAGGCUAUUUUUUCCUGUUGAAGCCCAGCCUGAAGUCCGUUAUGUUCACACUACUCUGUACAGCGUUAAGGUUGCCAGAUACCUUCAGGGGUGUCACACGUGCAAGUAAUGUAGGCUAUUUUUUCUUGUGGAAGUCCAGGCUGAAGUCCGUUAUGUUCACACUACUCUGUAUAGCGUUAAGGUUACCAGAUACCUUCAGGUGUGCCUCACGUGCAAGUAAUGUAGGCUAUUUUUUCCUGUGGAAGCUCAGCCUGAAGUCCGUUAUGUUCACACUACUCUGUAUAGCGUUAAGGUUGCCAGAUACCUUCAGGUGUGUCUCACGUGCAAGUAAUGUAGGCUAUUUUUUCCUGUUGAAGCUCAGCCUGAAGUCCGUUAUGUUCACACUACUCUGUAUAGCGUUAAGGUUGCCAGAUACCUUCAGGGGUGUCACACGUGCAAGCAAUGUAGGCUAUUUUUUCUUGUGGAAGUCCAGGCUGAAGUCCGUUAUGUUCACACUACUCUGUAUAACGUUAAGGUUACCAGAUACUUUCAGGUGUGUCUCACGUGCAAGUAAUGUAGGCUAUUUUUUCCUGUUGAAGCUCAGCCUGAAGUCCGUUAUGUUCACACUACUCUGUGUAGCGUUAAGGUUACCAGAUACUUUCAGGUGUGUCACACGUGCAAGUAAUGUAGGCUAUUUUUUCUUGUGAAAGUCCAGGCUGAAGUCCGUUAUGUUCACACAACUCUGUAUAGCGUUAAGGUUACCAGAUACCUUCAGGGGUGUCUCAUUUACAGUCGAAAAUGGCAAAACCUCGAAACAUAUCUAGCGCUUUGACUUCCGAAAAAAAAAGAAAGUGAGAAACAAAUCGCUUUAAGUUUUUAAAACUUUCGAAAGCUGAUUCCGGCGUACGCAUUAAAAAUCGUUUAAGAAAACCGCCAUAGCAAGUUUUAUACAGCAUAGUUUGAACAUAACUUGGUUUGAAAAUUGCACUUUGUUGUUCAGUCUCGUAAAGUCUUCAUGGUCAAUUCAACUUACCUGGUUGAACGAUGUAACACAAUCCCAUUCCUCGUGAAUCUAGCUUUUUUAGGGCCAUUUAUAUGCAGAAAAGUUGUCCCGGGUAGAAGUGUCAAUCCGCCGCCUACCCGAGCUACCCUGGGUGAGCCACCUUUCCUUACGUUCCCUUAACCCUUUAAGCCCUAAGAGUGGUUAGCAUCAAAUUUUCCCUUGUGAUAUCAAUGCUUUGUAAAACAGAGUGGUGAUGAGAAUUACGGACAUGAUCACACAAAAUGAAUUUGCUCUAUAUUUUAUCAACUUCUCCCCACUACUUCUCCAGGAAAUGAAUAGGGACAACAAAUGAGAAUUCAAACUUUGAUCUUAUGGUUUAAAGGGUUAAAAAAGGUGGCGAACCGUGUAAAUGUGAAAAAAAGUUUGCUUGGCUAGAAGGAUGACCCGCCUAGCCGGUUCACCCUUUUGUGAAGGUACAGGGUCACCCUCCUAGCUGAUCCAACGUUUCUCCAUACAAACACUUUGACUGGCCCAGCUGGGUCGACUUGGUCAAGGCGAGACAACCAGAGCGUGCGCGAGCACUGUUGGCUCGGGCAAAGGGGUCAACUAUUUUUUCCCUUGACUCAGCUGGAGGGUGAUCCUCUUUUUCGGGACAGCUUUUCUCCAUAUCAACGGGAGCCAAAGGGAUGAGAUAAAACUACAGCGUAGUGCUUGAUUUGAGAGCAUCAAGCGGCUGGCACUCGUCAGUGCUCUGAAGGAGUAUUUCUGUGUACAUAUUUUGAAUUUCAUUGUUUUGGGUCUCACACAGAACAGGCUGGAUUACCUCAGUCGGUAGAGCGCAUGACUGCAGAGCGGGGGGUCGCGGGUUCGUUUUCAGGAGCUGGACCAAUUCAGGGUCUUUUAAAAAUAACUGAAAAAUGAAGGUAAUCUCUUCGUAGUUCAAGCGGCUGAACCUUCGCUUGGCUCCGAUGACCACGUAAAAUGGCGGUCCCGUCUCCAGUAAGAGACGUAAAAAUAGUGUCCACAAUUAGUACUUUCGUCGUAAAUACAUUUUCACACCAUCUGGUCCAGUGAGGCCAAGGUUUACAGCACGAGUUAAUAGUGGUUUUAGAGUUUGAUAAAUAUUGUAACUGAUGAUUGUGACUUGUACAUCAUCUGGUCCAGUGAGACCAAGGUUAAUACAACAUCAGUUACUAGUAGUUUUAGAUUUUGAUAAAUAUUGUAACUGAUGAUUGUGACUUGCACACCAUCUGGUCCAGUGAGACCAAGGUUAGUAGAACAUGAGUUACUAGUAGUUUUUGAGUUUGAUAAAUAUUGUAACUGAUGAUAGUGGCUUGUACGCCAUAAGGUCCAGUGUGAACAAGGUUAAUUCCACCUCAUUAAGUGCUGGUAGUUUUUGAAUUUGAUAAAUAUUGCAACUUAUGAUUGUGACUUGUACGCCGUCUGGUCUAGUGAGGCCAAGCUUAAAAACAGCAUGAGUUGCUUGUAGUUUUAGCGGUUGUCAAAUAUUGUAACUGAUGAUUGGUAUUUUAUUCUUAUAUUUCAAUGGAGUUUGUAUGAUAGUGACAAAUAUACAGAAAAGAAAUUAUGAUUUAGGGUAUAUUAAAAUAUGUGAACUGUAUUUCACUCUGAUUUAGUAAAGUUAGCGUUAGGCCAAGAGCACGGAUUCUUUUGUAAAUCGACUGU